CUGGCAGCACCGAUCGAUCGACCCACGCAAACACAUCCAGCUGCAGAAAAGCCGAAGAAACGGAAUUAAGAUGGCAGCAGCCUAGCACAAACCUUGCUAUAAAUUCUCCUUACUACACGCCAUUAAUCACCACUCCCCCAUCCUUCAUCUCCCCUCCCUCCUCCAAAAUCUCCAUAGAAAAUCCAAAUCCCCUGGCCACCUAAUACCCGCCGCAUCAAAUUCGAUUCCUUUCUUUCUCUUCUUCCUCGACGAUGGCAAUCGUCUCCACCAUGAGCAAUUCCUCCUCCACCACCUCCUCCGGCGGCGCCGCUCCGCCUUCGCGCCGGCUCCGGUCGACGCUGCUCCUGAUGGCCAACUACGCGGCGCUCCUGAUCGGGUCCGUGGCGUCGAGCCUGCUCUCGCGGCUCUACUUCGCGCGCAAGGGGGACAACAAGUGGGUGGUCACCUUCGUGCAAUCGGCCGGGUUCCCGAUGCUGAUCGCCGCCGUCUUCCUCGUCUCCUCCCGCCCCGGCGCCUCCCGGCCCGCCGUGGCGCCGCGGCCCUUCCUGUGGAUCUCGCGGCGUCUCCUGUGCGUGUCGCUGAUAAUCGGGGCGCUCAUGGGCGUCAACAACCUGCUCUUCGCCUACAGCACUUCCCUCCUUCCCGUCUCCACUUCGUCUCUCAUCCUUUCCACGCAGCUCGCCUUCACUCUCGUCCUGGCCACGCUCAUCGUGAGACUGCCGAUAACUUUCGUGAACCUCAAUGCCGUGGUUCUCCUCACGCUCUGCUCGGUGCUCCUGGCUUUACGGUCGGGAGACUCCGGGGAGAACUCCUCCGGGGGAGGGAAGAAGGGGUAUUUACUUGGUUAUGUUGUCACGUUGGGCGCGGCGGGGCUCUUCUCGGCGUACCUCCCGGUGAUGGAGCUCGUGUACCGGGAGGCGGUGUCGGGCGGGUUCGUGAUGGCCGUCGAGGUGCAGGCGGUGAUGCAGGCCACGGCGACCGCGGUGGCGGGCGUCGGGCUGGCGGCGACCGGCGGGUUCCGGGAUGACGUGGCCAGGUGGCACGGGCCCACCUGGGUCUACUGGGCAGUCGUCGCCACGCUGGUGGUGACGUGGCAGGCGUGCUUCAUGGGCACCGCCGGGGUGAUCUACCUGACCUCGUCGCUCCACAGCGGGGUCUGCAUGGCGGCGGUGCUGUCGGCGAACGUCAUCGGCGGGGUCGUCGUGUUCGGUGACCCCUUCGGCGCCGAGAAGGCCGUCGCCACCGCGCUCUGCGUCUGGGGCUUCUCCUCCUACCUCUACGGCGAGUACAACAAGUGCAAGAAGGAGAGAUCCGGCGGCCAGGAUGAUGCGCACAAGAGCCUCACCGCCCGCGGCGGCGAGCUCGAAACCGUCUGAAGCAAACCGGGGACGUGCUAGCCGGGGUACGUUAAUUGUGCGCGUGUGAGUGCGAACCAUGUGACUGAUCAUCAGAUAGGAGAAACAGCUCGCGUUGCGUUGUUGCAAACAGCAAUUGGCAACGGGAACUGAACAUUUUCCUUUUGGUGUAGUAUAGAACGUACGAGUAACCCGGAAGCAAGGAUAGAUGAUGAUGAUGUAUUAGGUAAUUGUGUUAUGUAGAGCCCUGUAGGCGCCGUGUCAUGUUGCAUCAAUUUGGGGCAAAAGAGUUUGCAUGCAUAUUGCACCUUACAAUA